ACAACAAACUUUUUCCCGGUAAUUUUAUGCAGCUACUGUAGGUAGCUAAAGUUGUUUAGCGUUUUCUCUUAUUUAGGCACCAACACAUUAAAGAACACUUCUACAACUAGUUUAUCCCAUCCCAGUGGGGAAAGUCGUGAGGUUAGCAAGCUAUUUAUUGGCAUGCUUGCUUAGCCAUAGUUAGUGAUUUUAACGUAACGUUAGCCGGCUAGCCAGAUAUCAACAUACAUAGCUAGUCAGUGCACUUGUUGGUGAUACGUGGAUUCAACUUGAAGCCUUUUCUAGGAAUUUGAAUUAGAACAAAAAUGAAAGCAGUUAUCUGAGGAUGUUGUUGGACCAUCUGACAUGAAAAGAAGACCGUUUGAUGAAAAAUCUUUUAAAUAAAAGAUACUUUCAUGUUUUAGAUGUCAACAUGUCCUUGAGUACAGUCCACUCCACACUGUCUAGUCUGAAAACAUGCCAGACAGAUAUUGGAACAGGGAUGGACAUUGUGACAGACGUUGCUCUGGACGUGGCAGAAACAGCAGGAAGUGAGAAUGAUGCAGUCCUGAAGAAGCUGGAGUUGAUGAUGCUGGAGUGUGCCAAACUGGACCAGGAGAUCAACUGCUUCGUCGAUGUGGUGAACUGUGUCACUGCAGAGGUGAGGAACCAGGAGCCCGAGGCCAUGUUCAGACUGAAGUCUCUGGUGAAGGACAAGUUCACUGAGAGACACAGCAGACUGUCUGAGGGAGAGAUACAGAACCACGGCAAGAUGGUCAGCUUUAAGGAGAACGUCACAAACGCACUCAAAACGGGUGAGGCACACACACACACACACACACACACACACACACACACACACACACACACACACACCUGUCCCCUCACUCAGGUGGAGAUGGUGAACCCAAUGAAGAACAAGAAGUGUAACCACCACUACGACCGGGACGCCAUUAUGGGGAUGAUCAAGGCCAGGCAAAACCAGAAGAAGAAGCUACGCUGUCCGGUGGUUGGCUGUGGCAACACGGACGUGAAGCAGGGAGACCUGAUCUUAGAUCAGAUUAUGAAGAGACAGAUACAGAAGAGGUAGACUACCAAGGCAUCAUUCUGGGAUACGCCAACUCAUCAAUCCUGACAAUAAUAAUUUGACUUUUGAAUUAAUUGAGGAAAAAAACAUGACUUGUUGUUGUUGUUGUGACCAAAUGUUAUCUUGCUGCCGUGUCUGAUCGUAUUUGUUCAUCACAGAAUUGUGGUAUUCUGAAGUUUUCUGUAACAAAAACCUCUCUUUAUUUAUACUUAAGGGAUUCAUCUGUUUCAGUCAGUUAAAUAAAGGUUUUGAUACAAUUUA